AUGACAACCAUUCACCAGCAGAUGGUACAGGAGCAUGUGUCCAUGGAGUUCUCCAGCUCCACCACCCACCUGCAGACCUUCUCCCAAACAACCAAGAUCGUGGGAGAGGAAGUAGUAACAAGGAAGUCCCCGAGCACGGUGGAGUUCUUCAGCUUGGUGACUUGACGUUCCAACAUCCCUGCAGGCAAGAAUGUUCCUGAGUUCAUGGAGAAAUCUUACCUGAUCACCUCGCCAGAGAGGGAUAAAGCUGUGUUCCAAGCCCAAAUUCAAGGAAACCCCAAACCCAAUGUCUCCUGGAAGAGGGAGAGUGGCCUCCCCGAGGAGUCGCCCAAGAUAGACUACGACAGCAUUAACAAGGAACACGUGCUGAAGCUGGAACCACUGACCUCAGAUGACUCUGACUACUACAAGUGCACUGUAAGUAAUGACUAUGCAGGUGUCAUCUAUCCUGUGUCCUUGCUGGUGACAGAGGUUAAGCCAGCCCCCUCGUCCCGACCUGGUCAAGAAAAACUAGAUCUCAAGAAAAUGUUAAAGAAGAGAGCUCUUCCCACUCCUAAGAAGAAGCAGAAAGUAACAGAUGAGAAAGAGAUGCUAGAGAUUUUGUCCAAGGUGCUCAAGAAGGACUUUGAAAAGGUCUGCAGAGAUCAUGGUUUCACUAUUGACUUCUGGGGGCUGCUGAAGAACCUCAAAGGAAUGAAGAAAAACGUGGAAGCAGAUGGCACCUGGAUUCUGAAACCCCUGGAAGAAGAGGGAAAGACUGAUACCACAGUAGUUUUUGACUGUAUCAUGGAGCUGAAGGACCCCAAUGUCAAAAUGCUAUGGAUCAAGGAUACUGAGCCACUGAGGAUCCAGUACUCCAUUGGCAAGUACAAUGUGAAGCAGGUGGGCACCAAGUACAUGCUGGUGAUUACCAAUGUCAAUAUGAAUGAUGACAGCACCUACAGCCUGGCCAUGAGUGACAAAUAGAUGAGUGCACAGCUCACAGUAUUGGAUGAGCCACUGAAGUGCUUAGGAGGGAUGAAGCCAGUGAGGGUGACAGAGUGCCAGACAGCUGUGUUUGAAGUCUACCUCUCCAACUCUAUGUGGAGGUUCAAUGGGCAGGAGCUGAAGAGGGGUGACAAGAAUGAAAUCUCAGUGUCUGAAGAUGGUCCGACUCAUAUGCUUAAGAUUAAAGAUGCCAGACUCAGCAACAUUGGUAAGUGCUCUGCUCAGGCAGGAGACCUGGAGCAAAAGGCUCAGUUCACUAUUACUGACCACAUUCCUAUCAGAUUUCUGAGCAACCUCAAACGCAACCUCAAAUGCACAUGUCAAAGGAGCCAUGCAUGCCUCAAGUGUGAGCUGACCUCCAAGUAUGUGACAUUGCAGUGGAAGAAAGAUGGAAAGUUGCUGACAUGUGGCUCUAAGUACAGCAUGAAUCAUGAGGGCAAACAAGCAGAGCUGGUCAUUGAGGAUGCACAGCUCAGGGAUGGCGGCGAAUACACUGUGGUAGCCAUGAAGGACGGGGACCCUACUGAAUACUGCAGCAGUGCCAUUCUCACUAUGGAAAUGUUGUCCAAUGUGCACGCAGCCACUGGGAGCCCCACUGUAUGUGUAGUGCUUAAUGAUGAGAAGGUGGAGGGUAUGUGGCUGACAGAUGGUCUGCAGAUCACAGACUUGCCAGGCAUUCAGAUCAUGACAGGUGUGGUGCUCAAGCUCAUCUUCCCCAGUAUGGGCCCAGAACAUGAAGGCAAGUAGACAUUCCAGGCCAAGGAUGCAGAGAGUGAAGCCUCAGUAUUCAUUGCAAAUCCUCUCAGCAUCGACCCAUCAACUGAGGCACUAGUUACACACCCUGUGACCCUGUAGGUGGGUCACACAGCUUACAUCAAGAUGACCUUCCAGGCAAGGACACUGCCCAAAGUGACAUGGUACAAGUAUGGCAUGGAGGUGACAGAGGAGGAGGAGCACAUGUCCAUGGAGUGUGGAGAAGACUAGUCAUUGCUCACCUUCUCAAACUGCAUUGAAGACAGUGGCCUGAUCAUGCUCAAACUCAAGACUGACCAUGGCACAGCCAUCGCUACACUGCAUCUCAAUGUGCUGGACAGAGCUAGACCUCCCCAGGGCCGAGUAGAAUUCCUGGAGCUCAUGGAAUGUGUACACAUGAAAUGGAAAGCCCCAAAGGACAAUGGAGGACGUUCUGUGACACAGUCAGUGGAACAAAGGGCAGUUGGCAAGAAGUGCUGGGUUAAGAUUGGAGAUGGAUGGCAAGUCGCCAACUUCUCCAUCAACAAAGUGGAAUAGGGGAAAGCCUACCAGUUCCAUAUCCUGGCAGGCAAUUCAGGUGUGAGUGACCCACUGGAGACUGAUGAAGUGUUUGUGGGAAAUCCUAUAGAACCUCCUAGUCUUGCUUCCUAGCUUUAAGUAACUGAUGUGACCAAAGAACUGACCAUGGCAUGGAAUGCCCCUAACCAGGAUGGGGGAUCUCCAGUGCUUGGCUAUAUUCUAAAAUGCAGAAAGGCAGUAACUUUACGGGUACCAUUUAACAAGGACCUCAUCCAAGGUUCCAAGUAUACUGUGGAUGGUCUCCUGGAAGACACAGAGUAAGAAUUCCUAGUUAUAACUGUGAAUAAGGCAGGCCCUGGACACUCCAGUAUGCCAUCCAACUCAGUGAUAGCCAAAGAUCCUAUUAAACCCCCAGGCCUGGUGUAGGGCCUGCAUGUGUCUGAUACCUCUAUCUUAAGCCUCUCACUGGGAUGGUGGGAGCCUACAGGUGACCUACCCUCUGGCUACAUCUUUGAGAUGUGUGCUGAAGACAGCAAGAAAUGGUCCAAGUGCACAAGGAUCCCCAUCUCAAGCACCUGCUACACAGUAGGUAGCCUCUACAAGCAGCAGAAAUACUUCUGCAUCAGGGCUGGGGUCGGGGAACCUGAGGAGUUAGAGGAAAGAGUCCAUGCCAUACCACCACCAGCCGCUCCCAAACUUGACCAAAGUGCCCGGCUGAAGAGUCACCUGGUGGUGCGUGCAGGAACAGCCCUCUGCAUCCAUGCAGCCUUCUCUGGCUCACCACCACUUGACAUGACCCGGCAGAAAGAUGGCAUCACCACCAAGGGUGGGGAGACAAUCACCAAAGGCAAGAACUAAUCGCAGUUCCUCAUCAUUUGGUACUACUGUACCAAGUGCUCUGACUCAGGAGGGUAUCGAACCCUGCUGCAGAAUGCGUUUAGACAGGCACACUAUGACAUCCACAUGCAUGUGACAGAUCUUCUAAAUGUCCUAAAUUUCCCCCAGCCUCCUACAGACUUGAAGCUCUAUGAGGAAGUCCCUAAUACAGUGACCCUGACCUGGAACCACAGCUCUGAUAUGGAGGAGGAGGAGGAGGAUACCCAUUAUGUCACGAAGUGGGAUGCAAGCAGCCCCACCUGGUUCACAGCAGCAGAGCAUGUCUUUAACAAGUACACGGUAACAGGGCUGAUCCCUGGAAGGAAGUACUACUUCAGAGUGGUGGCUCACAAUGAAAUUGGUGACAGUGACUGGCUGGACUCCAAAAAUACCUGGCUCAUCAAUAAGGACCAGAUUGAGGACCUGAGUACCACACAGAAGCUCUACCAGCAUAAAGACUGGUGCCAUGUACUCUGCUUCUUGACACCACACAAGCCACACACAGCGCUCCAUGGCCAGGACUGCACCAUGAUUUGUUCCUUCCUUGGGAACCCAUGGGCCACUGUGACCCUGUACAAAGGUGAUGUCAACAUCACAGCUAACUCCAAAUUCUGGUACAACACUACCAGCAGUGUGUGUACCCUUGUCAUACCUACUGGCGAGUACAGCAUACUAGUGGAGAAUGAGCUGGACAAGGAUCCCAGAAGCCGCACACUAUCACUUUUUAAAGAUACUACAUUAUUGCUAGCAUCAAUCAUGGAAAAUCUGCAAAAGAAAUCAAAGCACCUUAUGUGA